AUGGCUUUGCAAAAGUUUCCUCUCAUGGGGCUGCUACUGCUCCUAACCAUCGUCGUCUCUCAGGCCACAGCUGACGGACCUGUUUGCCCUACGUCCACCAAACUAAGCCGAGCAAGUUUCCCUGAGGGUUUCAUAUUUGGCACGGCUACUGCAGCAUUUCAGAUUGAAGGUGGAGUAAAUGAAACAUGUCGUGGACCGGCCUUAUGGGAUAUCUACUGUAAGAGAUAUCCAGAGAGAUGCAAUGGCGAUAAUGGGGAUGUGGCCGUUGACUUCUUCCACCGUUAUAAGGAAGAUAUUCAGCUAAUGAAGAACCUAAACACAGAUGCCUUCAGACUCUCUAUCGCGUGGACAAGAAUAUUUCCUCAUGGGAGAAAGGAGAAGGGAAUAAGUCAAGCUGGUGUCAAGUUCUACCACGAUGUCAUCGAUGAGCUCAUAAGAAAUGACUUUGUUUUCCAAGAAUAUGGUGGAAAAGUGAAACAUUGGAUCACUUUCAACGAGCCAUGGGUUUUCUCUCAUGCCGGUUAUGACCUAGGUAAGAAGGCACCAGGACGUUGCUCUUCCUACGUAGAUCCUACGUGCAAAGGGGGACAAUCAGGAUACGAGGCUUACCUCGUCAGCCAUAACCUCCUUAACGCUCAUGCAGAAGCCUUUGAAGCUUUCACACAAUGUGAAAAGUGUAAAGGUGGAAAGGUCGGAAUCGCACAUAGUCCGGCUUGGUUUGAACCACACGACUUUCAGGAUUCACAAGACGGUGCAUCCAUAAACCGUGCACUUGAUUUUAUGUUGGGAUGGCAUUUGGAAACUACUAUGUAUGGAGACUAUCCACAGAUCAUGAAAGACAUUGUUGGACACAGAUUGCCCCAAUUUACUACUGCGCAGAAAGCAAAACUGAAAAACUCAGCCCAUUUCGUAGGCCUCAACUAUUACUCGUCGAUAUUUUCGAACCAUAUCGAGAAUCCAGAUCAUUCUAAACCAAGAUGGAAGCAAGAUUCUCUUAUUUCUUGGGAGCCGAAGAAUGUAGACAAAUAUUUCAUUGGUAGCAUGCCUUCCACCGCUAAGCUACCUGUUUACGCAAGAGGCUUGAGAAGUCUUUUGAUGUACAUCAAGGAUAAAUAUGCAAACCCUGAAAUUAUGAUCAUGGAAAAUGGAUAUGGAGAAGACCUUGGAGAAACCGAUUCAGUUGCAGUUGGUACUGCUGAUCACAACCGAAAAUAUUAUCUUCAGAGGCAUCUUUUGAGUAUGAAUGAAGCUAUUUGCAUCGACAAAGUGAAUGUUACAGGAUACUUUAUAUGGUCAUUGUUGGACAACUUCGAGUGGAAUGAAGGUUACAAGAGCAGAUUCGGACUCUACUACAUUGAUUUCAAAAAUAACCUCACACGUAUUGAGAAAGAAUCUGGAAAAUAUUACAAAGACUUCCUCAGUCAAGGUGUUCGUCCAUCUGCGAUCAAGAGGGAUGAGCUUUGAUCUAUAUCUUCUUGAGGAUUUGUUUUCAAUGUUUGAUCUUUUAUGUUUUAGUUUGUGAUUGACUAAGAUUCAUGAGAUCUUGGUUAGAAUAAAAGUUUACUCUUUUCACGUUUCAAUGUCUACACCUGAUUUGACAAGCUCAAAAAAGCUUUGGAACUAUAAUAAAACAAUCCUUUGGAGA